GGCUGCUACUCUGACUGUCAAUGAAGCAGGAGCUUUCAGAAGACGUACACAGUAGACCAGUAGAAGACAGACAUCAAAAUCAUCAAAAUGAUUAUCAUAAUUGAGGAUAAGUCUGCCUUCGACAAUGCUCUGAAAAAUGCUGGGAACAAGUUGGUGGUGGUGGACUUCACAGCCACAUGGUGUGGGCCCUGCCAGAACAUCGCUCCAGUCUUUAAAACGCUGUCUGAAAAACAAGAGAACGGAAAUGUGGUGUUUCUAAAGGUGGAUGUGGAUGAUGCACAGGAUGUGGCCACUUUCUGUGACAUCAAAUGUAUGCCAACAUUCCAUUUCUACAAGAAUGGAAAGAAGAUUGAUGAAUUUUCUGGAUCAAAUCACGCUAAGCUGGAGGAGAUUAUCAAUAAGCAUAAAUGAAGAAAAACACAAACCAACCACUGUAAUAACUAAUAUACGCAGAAAAAAAACAUCAACUCUAACUCAUUCUAAUUUUGGCUGCUUCAU